AUGCUUCUGCCGUUGGGGUCGAGGGGAACGCGGAGGAGGACGAGAUCCGCGUCAGUGGCGACGAUCUUGGGCCCUAUGCGGCUGAAGUCCAGGCCAGGGCAGUGGACACAGAAGUGGGAGACAAGUGGCGGGCGGGCGGGCGGCGCGGAAGGUCACCUCGAUCGGCAAGCCGGUGCUCGUGGUGCUCUUGGCGGUGGUCGGCGAUGUAGCACAACCUGUCGAGGAGGAUCAAGCCUGAGGCGGCGGCGGGCUCGGGAAGUGAAGGUGGAACCCAGGAGGAAACAGUGGAGGAAGCCAUGUCCCGAUGUCCGUGAAAGACGAGGAAGCGGAGGAGGGGCGGUGAGGAGAUCGGAAGGGAUGGCAGCAGGCGGCGAGAUUUGGGAACGAAAUUUGGGGCUAGGGACCUAG